AUGCAACAGGCUGUAGAACGAGCUUUGGACCGUGCGGACUACGUCAUCGCAAGUGCCCAGCAGAGGCCUCCUAAAAGGAAACGCUCGUCGAGUGGGGAAGCAUCUCUCUAUGAAAAACUUUAUGACAUUUAUGUGGAAGAAUGUGGGAAAGAGCCCGAGGCUACGGAGGAACUAAGAAGCAACGUGAACUUGCUAGAGAAGCUUGUUAGGAGAGAGUCGCUGCCGUGUUUAGUGAUCAACCUAUACCCAGGAGAGGGGGGAUAUUCGCUGAUGCUCGAGGGGAAACAUGGAGAGUAUUCGGAGACCAUUCGGCUGCCUUAUGAAGAAGGGGAAUUGCUUGACUACCUGGAUGCUGAAGAAUUACCUCCUGCUCUGCUGGACCUCCUGGAAAAAUCUCAGGUUAACUUCUUCCACUGUGGGUGUGUCAUAGCACAGGUGCGGGACUACAGGCAGUGCAGUGGUGGGGAACCUCCCGGCUACCAGAGCAGGCAUAUUCUCCUGCGCCCAACGAUGCAGACCUUAGCCUGCGACGUGCAGUCCAUAACCAGCGAUGGCCAGGAGUGGACCCAGGAAGACAAACUGCUGCUUGAGAGCCAACUGAUCUUGGCUACCGCUGAACCCCUGUGUCUUGAUCCUUCUAUAGCAGUAGCCUGCACUGCAAACAGGCUGCUCUACGACAAGCAGAAGAUGAACACUCGCCCGAUGAAAAGGAGCCUCAAGAGGUAUUCGGCACCCUUUCUGAAUCCGCAGCAGGAGCUGUCUCACUGUCCACCUCCUCCUGAGCCAAGAGUAUUGACUUCUUGCAAAAAAAGCAAAGAAAGUGAAGCAAGUGACAAUUCUAACUUCAUAAUUUCUAAUGCAGCAAAUUAUGUAGAUAUGUGGAAACAGAGACCCUGUGACUUGACCGUACCUUCUGAAGUGGAUGUACAGCAAUAUGCUAACUGGGAGAACUUGGUCAAAUAUGAUGACUCACAACCAAGAGUCUGGCCAGCCCAUGAGGUAAAAGAUGAUUUUGUAUUUGGAUAUGAAGAUGUUGAUGAGUCUCAGACAACAAAGCUGACCCUCAGGCGGUCGCUUAAUGAUCCACUUAUCUCUGGAGAAAGAAGGCGACGCAAAAAAGUCAGAUAUGAGAGACAGAUGUCUCCUCUCCACCCCUCCACAGAUGACCAUUCAAAUAGUGUCCUGCCUGGGUCAAAGGCUGAUGCUGGAAUGGCAGUCACUCAGUCAGAGGUCUUGGUCCAGAAGAAGGCCAGAUGUCCGGGCACCAUGUCACACAGUUCCAGCGACUCAGCCAGCCUCAGCCAGCUUCCUCCGGAGAAAGAAACUGAACAGCCUAAGAUUGAGUUGGUUCAGUCUUCAGUCCUCGUGAAGGGAGUCAGACAUCCAUCUCCAACCAUCAAACCUUCCUCAAGCUCAGAAAAGACUUCAUCAGGUAACAGUUUUACUCCAUGGCAAAGAAGUAGCUUUCUUAAAUCUCCAUCUCCUGUUCUUGCUUCUAAGCCACCACAUCUUUCUCAGAAACCCACUAAAUCCUCUGUAGAAGUGAAUCGAGUUAACAUGCUUCCUGUAGCCUCCCUCAAUACCACCAGCUCAUCACAGAGAAGCCUGACCACCCCAGUCAUGGCCAGUUCUGCUGGCCACAACAGCAUCAAAGUGGUGGGCCCUGGUUGUGGAGCCCAGGCGUUGGGGAGAGGCUCCAGUCUCAGGAAGGGCUCUACCUCUGGGACCACAGCUCCUAUGGGAAUUAAGCCCAGCAACCUGUCCUCAGUAGCUCCGCCACCAAAUGCAGUGCCUAUUGCACCGCAGACUCCUCAAACAGAAGUUCAAUUUAUUUUACAAAAUGCCUCCAGUAUCAGUCCAGUAACUCUACUGGAGCUUCCACAAGGUUCGCUCCUUUUGAACACCCAGCAGCAACCUCAGCAGCAGUGGCUCUAUCAGUUGACUCCACAACCACAACUCCAACAACCAACAACUACAAGUCAACAGCCCCCAACUACUGGUCCUCAGGAGCCAGUGCCACUGGGUUCAAGUGCACAAGGUUCAACCAAUCAAAGAAUAGCCUCAUCUGCUCAGCAAACCAUUGUCCUUAACCUCCCUGGAGCAGAAAGUUUUCUGCAGCCUCAGGCAGUGGUGUUGGCUCCACAUGCCUCUACAGAGAGCCAGAUAAGACCCCAGCAGAGCCAUCCUGGGCACCCACUGCAGCCAGCUUGGGCCUUGCAGCUACAGGCCCAGCAGCAGAUACAACAGCUGAGAAUCUUGCAGGGCCCCGUGACUGUGACGACAGUAGCCGCCCAGACAACUCGACCACCUCCACUUAGUGAGCGGAGAGCAAACCGUUCAAAAGGUAAAACGAAGAGAAGCACAUCAACUACUCGAAAAUCCUAG